UGGCUGCUGCUGUGAUGAAAUUUAAAUUUGAAUGCAGUUAAUUGCGGAAAACAAAAUGGAACUUGAAGAGGACAAAAUUGAUUUAGAAGAACAAUUCAUAUUACGCCUUCCCUAUGAAGAAGCCUGCAAGCUUCGAGAAUUACUUCAAACUAAACCGGAGAAGGUAAAAAAACUAUCAAAAAUAUAUCUGAAUCCGGACGAAAACGAAGGAAGCGUGUACUUUGCAAAGUCUGUCUUUUACGGCACUCUGAAAAAGUUACCGACAAUAAUAGAAUCGUACAAAACCAACAUUUGUAACGACACUUCGACACUGUUUAAGACCGCGGAUAUUUCUCAGAUGCUGGAUUGCUCUAACCAAGGCGAGAUUAGUGACAAGAAGGAUACGAUCCAUGGAUAUUGUCCGCCACUGAAAAAUGUGAAGACGAAGAGGUUCAGAAAGACCAUGUACAAUACGGAUUUUGCCAUUGAAGCAGAGUCGGUCACUAAAGAACUGUAUUACUUGUUGAGUACAGACUUAGAAGCUGCGUCAUCAAAAUUCGAAAUACUGUAUGAAGGUACAAGUUCUAGUAAACAGUAUGAAACGUCGCUGUUCGGACACCUUUCCAGCGAUUCAGAGGUUGAAAGUCUUUUAAUCAUAUUUUCACUCGGACAUCUUUUGUAAUUUUUUUCUUUUUUUUU